AUGAGCACGUGCCGUUGGUGCACAUCAGUGGGCGACGAUGUUGCAAAACUGCUCCAGAGGUACUGUGCUGGGUCUCUGUUAGCAGAGGAUGAGGAGGCAGUCAACGAAAAGAAGGCACUCAACGAGGACCUUGGGUUCUGCCUGGAGUGUGUGGUAGUGUACCACCGGGCGAAAGAGGAGUUGCCUGGACUGCACAGGGUAAGGAGGAACCAUACAGUGCCUUGAAAAAGUAUUAAUCCCCCUUGGUGUUUUUCCUAUUUUGUUGCAUUACAACCUGUAAUUUAAAUGGAUUUUUAUUUGGAUUUCAUGUAAUGGACAUACAAAAAAUAGUCCAAAUUGGUGAAGUGAAAUGAAAAAAAUAACUUGUUUCAAAAAAUUCUAAAAAAUUAAUAACAGAAAAAUGGUGCAUGCAUAUGUAUUCACCCCCUUUGCGAUGAAGCCCCUAAAUAAGAUCUGGUGCAACCAAUUACCUUCAGAAGUCAUGUAAUUACUUGAAGUCCACCUGUGUGCAAUCUAAGUGUCACAUGAUCUGUCACAUGAUCUCAGUAUAUAUACACCUGUUCUGAAAGGCCCCAGAGUCUGCAACACCACUAAGCAAGGGGCACCACCAAGCAAGCGGCACCAUGAAGACCAAGGAGCUCUCCAAACAGGUCAGGGACAAAGUUGUGGAGAAGUACAGAUCAGGGUUGGGUUAUAAAAAAAUAUCCAAAACUUUAAACAUCCCACGGAGAACCACUAAAUCCAUUAUUAAAAAAUGGAAAGAAUAUGACACCACAACAAACCUGCCAAGAGAGGGCUGCCCACCAAAACUCACGGACCAGGCAACGAGGGCAUUAAUCAGAUGCAACAAAGAGACCAAAGAUAACCCUGAAGGAGCUGCAAAGCUCCACAGCGGAGAUUGGAGUAUCUAUCCAUAGGACCACUUUAAGCAGUACACUCCACAGAGCUGGGCUUUAUGGAAGAGUGGCCAGAAAAAAGAAAAGAAAAAAAUAAGCAAACAUGUUUUGUGUUCGCCAAAAGACAUGUGUGAGACUCCCCAAACAUAUGGAAGAAUGUACUCUGGUCAGAUGAGACUAAAAUUGAGCUUUUUGGCCAUCAAGGAAAACACUAUGUCUGGCGCAGACCCAACACCUUUCAUCACCCUGAGAACACCAUCCCCACAGUGAAGCGUGGUGGCAGCAUCAUGCUGUGGGGAUGUUUUUCAUCUGCAGGGACUGGGAAACUGGUCAGAAUUGAAGGAAUGAUUGAUGGCGCUAAACACAAGGAAAUUCUUGAGGGAAACCUGUUUCAAUCUUCCAGAGAUUUGAGACUGGGACGGAGGUUCACUUUCCAGCAGGACAAUGAGCCUAAACAUACUGCUAAAGCAACACUCGAGUGGUUUAAGGGGAAACAUUUAAAUGUCUUGGAAUGGCCUAGUCAAAACCCAGACCUCAAUCCAAUUGAGAAGAUGUGGUAUGACUUAAAGAUUGCUGUAAACCAGCGGAACCCAUCCAACUUGAAGGAGCUGGAGCAGUUUUGCCUUGAAUGUGCAAAAAUCCCAGUGGCUCUUUCCCAGUGGCUAGAUGUGCCAAGCUUAUAGAGACAUACCCCAAGAGACUUGCAGCUGUAAUUGCUGCAAUAGGUGGCUCUACAAAGUAUUGACUUUGGGGGGGUGAAUAGUUAUGCACGCUCAAGUUUUCAGUUUUUUUGUCUUCUUGUUUGUUUCACAAAAAAUAUUUUGCAUCUUCAAAGUGGUAGGCAUGUUGUGUAAAUCAAAUGAUAUAACCCCCCCAAAAACCAUUUUAAUUCCAGGUUGUAAUGCAACAAAAUAGGAAAAAUUUCAAGGGGGGUGAAUACUUUCUCAAGCCACUAUAUGGUUUGUGGGUGAUCAAUCCACAUUGCUGAGUGUUAAAAUCAGACCCCAAUAUGGAUAGGCAGGUGUGUGAUCACAAAUAAAGUUACGUGCUUGAAAUACUGUAGCCAGUGUCCACAUACCUUCCCUACGAUUAAUCUACUCCUUUCCUCACCACAACCCCUUUAAUUGCUCUUGCUCUCUCUCCCGCUCUCACUCGCUUAUCCCCCUCCCAAAAAACUCUCUCUCUCUCUCUCUCUCUCUCUCUCUCUCUCUCUCUCUCUCUCUCUCUCUCUCUCUCUCUCUCACUCUCACACACACACACACACACACACACACACAGAGGCUAUGGGAGUUGGAGACGUCCAGGCUCCUGGGUCACUUCUCUAAUGCAGCAAAGAACGCACAGCCGGCUAAGGACCUCAGCUAUGUAGAAGAGGACGGCCGGGAAAUCGGAGUGCCUCAUAUCAACCCCGCAGAGUACGAGAACUAUAUUCGUGUUCCCCUGUCAGAGGUCCUCAAAUACCCCUACCUGCUGGCACAACCCGAAUUGAGUGAGCACUCUUUUUCUUUUUAGGUGAUGGAUUACCUAUAAAAGCCCACAAAACGAAUUUAGGAAUGAGGCAUGCUCGGUUAAGUCCUGGACUGUGCUCUUGUUGGGUUUAAAUUGAUUACAUUUUCUAUUUUCCAGGUGAAAUGUGUGUUGAGGCAAUAUGUAAGAUGGAGGAAUAUAACUCCUUCCAGGUGUUGGAUAAAUAUCCAGGGAUCUACCUCCUCCUCGUCCACCCCAACGAGACGGUAAUAACUUAAAUGCUGAAUUGUUACAAAUACAAAAAACAAAUGGGGACUUUUAUGGUUAGAUGGUAAUUAAAUAAAAAAUAAAUGUUGUAUAUCUAACACGUCUUUAUAUUUGUUAAAGAGCUUAUUAAGGCGCUCGUCUGUCUGGCAUGGUCACAAACGCUUCUGUAAGUCUACUGUCAUCACUUCUGCUGUUAUUUAUUCUUUCAGGUUAGGCGGUGGGCAAUUGGUGCUGCCAGGUCUUUAGGGAAGGUGGACCGAGACGACUUUUAUGAACUUCAGGACAUCUUCUCCUGCAUGUUCUGCAAUGUCGAGCUGCGAAUCCCCCAGAACUUCCCAGACAUGGAUACCUCCUAUGAUCCUACGACUAAGAUGACAUGGCUGCAACCGCAUCUUUACGAUUCCAAAAAUGACAAAAACUACUGGUUGGGUAUGUUUCUUUGCCCUGUGUUCCCAUUUGGGGUCUUCCAGACAUUUCUCCAAGAGAGUAUGUUUUUUGUGAAACAACUGAUGUGCUCGAGGGUAAGUUAACCAUUUCUGAAGCACAAACAAAUACUAUACCCGUUAUAUGAUCCACAGCAGUGUUUUAUACACUGAACAAAAAAUAUUAACGCAACAGUUCAUAUAAGGAAAUCAGUCAAUUGAAAUAAAUUAAUUAUGCGCUAAUCUAUGGAUUUCACAUGACUGGGAAUACAGAUAUCCAUCUGUUGGUCACAUAUCUUUAAAAAAAGGUAGGGGCGUGGAUCAGAACCACUCAGUAUCUGGUGUGCCCACCAUUUGCCUCAUGCAGUGCGACACAUCUCCUUCACAUGGAGUGGAUCAGGCUGUUGAUUGUGGCCUGUGGAAUGUUGUCCCACUCCUCUUCAAUGGCUGUGCGGAGUUGAUGGAUAUUGGCGGGAACUGGAACACGCUGUGGUACACGUCGAUCCAGAACAUCCCAAACAUGCUCAAUGGGUGACAUGUGUGGUGAGGAAGAACUGGGACAUUUUCAGCUUCCAGGAAUUGUAUACAUAGUCUUGCAACAUGGGGCUGUGCUAUCAUGCGGAAACAUGAGGUGAUGGCGGCGGAUGAAUGGCACGACAUUCGGCCUCAGGAUCUCGUCACGGUAUCGCUGUUCAUUCAAAUUGCCGUCGAUAAAAUGCAAUUGUGUUCGUUGUCCUUAGCUUAUGCCUGCCCACACAAUAACCCCACCGCCACCAUGAGGCACUCUGUUCGCAACAUUGACAUCAGCAAACUGCUCACAUGACGCCUUUCAUGCUGUCUGCCAUCUGCCCAGUAGAGUUGAAACCGGGAUUCAUCCGUGAAUUGUACACUUCUCCAGGAUGCCAGUGGCCAUCGAAGGUGAGCAUUUUCCCAAUGAAGUCAGUUACGACGCCGAACUGAAGUGAGGUCAAGAUCCUGGUGAGGACGACAAUCACGCAGAUGAGCUUCCCUGAGACUGUUUCUGACAGUUUGUGCAGAAAGUCUUCGGUUGUGCAAACCCUCAUUUUCAUCAGCUGUCUGGGUGGCUGGUCUCAGAUGAUCCCGGAUGUGGAGGUCCAGGGCUGGCGCGGUAACAUGUGGUCUGUGGUUGUGAGGCCGGUUGGACGUACUGCCAAAUUCUCUAAAACUACGUUGGAGGCGGCUUAUGGUAGAGAAAUUAACCUUAAAUUCUCUGGCAACAGCUCUGGUGGACAUUACUGUAGUCAGCAUGCCAAUUGCACGCUCCCUCAACUUGAGAUAUCUGUGGCAUUGUGUUGUGUAAGAAAACUGCACAUUUUAGUUGACUUUUAUUGUCCCCAGCACAAAGUACACCUGUGUAAUGAUCAUGCUGUUUAAUCAGCUUCUUGAUAUGCCACACCUGUCAGGUGGAUGGAUUAUCUUGGCAAAGGAGAAAUCCUCACUAACAGGGAUGUAAACAAAUUUGUGCACAACAUUUGAGAGAAAUAAGCUUUUUGUGCGUAAGGAAAAUGUUGGUGAUAUUUUAUUUCAGCUCAUGAAACAUGGGACCAACACUUUACAUGUUGCGUAGAUUUUUUUUGUGAAGUAUAGAUUUGAUUGAGUAACAGCGUAAACCGUACAGAAUGUGAAUGGAGAACUUGUUAAUGAGCAACGCAGUCAAUAUUAAGCAUCACAGUUUAUGCAGCUCUCUCCACACCCCCAGGUAUCUGUAUGCUUCUGACACAGCUGGAUGCCCAGGCUAUGGACUCCCUGUUCCUGGGACCAGACAAACAGGCCAACAUACUGCACUGUAUCCUUAAUGCCAUGGACUGUGGCAUGGAGGGUAAAGGAAUAUAUACUUUAUAUCUUCUGCCUGUCUCAAAACGUUUUUCUAUUUCCAUCGUGCCAACUGAACAUGAAGCUGGUCAGUAGCGCUAAUAUGCUGUCUACAGCUUCCUCUUUGAGAGUAAAAAAUUAAAAUGUAACCUUUUAUUUAACCAGGAAAAUACCCUUGUGGUUAGAAACCUCUUUUGCAAGGGGGACCUGGCAAGAGAUCAGCAGGAAGAAGUCUGCAUGUACAUACAAUUCAUUCAAAAUAUUUGCAAUGGUCAACGACAUUUUCUUCUAUCAGAGCUUUAAACACAGUGAUACCCUCUACAGUUUUUUGGUCUUUUGUAGUUUGUUCCAAGACCAAAGAGUGUUAUAGUAUUUUUUUCCCCCCACAUUUCAGUUCUUGCCCUAGGAACUGUGAAGGAGAGCACUGACUGUGAGCAUAGGCUGUGGGAUUGUGAUGUUAGUUGGGAGCAAAGAUACAGUGCCUUGCAAAGGUAUUCAUCCCCCUUGGCGUUUUUCCUAUUUUGUUGCAUUACAACCUGUAAUUUAAAUGAAUUACUAUUUGGAUUUCAUGGAAAGGACAUACACAAAAUAGUCCAAAUUGGUGAAAUGAAGAAAAUAACUUGUUUCAAAAAAUUCUAAAAAAUAACGGAAAAGUGGUGCAUGCAUAUGUAUUCACCCCCUUUGCUAUGAAGCCCCUAAAUAAGAUCUGGUGCAACCAAUUACCUUCAGAAGUCACGUAAUUAGUUUGAUUGCACACAGGUGGACUUUAUUUAAGUGUCACAUGAUCUGUCACAUGAUCUCAGUGUAUAUAUACAACUGUUCUGAAAGGCCACAGACUCUGCAACACCACUAAGCAAGGGGCACCACCAAGCAAGCGGCACCAUGAAGACCAAGGAGCUUUGACUAGGUCAUUCCAAGACAGGUCAGGGACAAAGUUGUGCAGAAGUACAGAUCAGGGUUGGGUUAUAAAAAAAAUAUCAGAAACUUUGAACAUCCCACAGAGCACCAUUAAAAAAUGGAAAGAAUAUGGGACCACAACAAACCUGCCAAGGGAGGGCCGCCCACCAAAACUCACGGACCAGGCAAGGCGGGCAUUCAUCCGAGAGGCAACAAAGAGACCAAAGAUAACCCUGAAGGAGCUGCAAAGCUCCACAGCAGAGAUUGGAGUAUCUGUCCAUAGGACCACUUUAAGCUGUACACUCCACAGAGCUGGGCUUUACGGAAGAGUGGCCAUAAAAAAAGCCAUUGCUUAAAGAAAAAAUAAGCAAACACAUUUGGUGUUUGCCAAAGGCAUGUGGGAGACUCCCCAAACAUAUGGAAGAAUGUACUCUGGUCAAAUGAGACUAAAAUUGAGCUAUUUGGCCAUCAAGGAAAACGCUAUGUCUGGCGCAAACCCAACACCUCUCAUCACCCCCGAGAACACCAUCCCCACAGUGAAGCAUGGUGGUGGCAGCAUCAUGCUGUGGGGAUGUUUUUCAUCUGCAGGGACUGGGAAACUGGUCAGAAUUGAAGGAAUGAUGGAUUGUGCUAAAUACAGGGAAAUUCUUGAGGGGAAACCUGUUUCAGUCUUCCAGAGAUUUGAGACUGGGACGGAGGUUCACCUUCCAGCAGCACAAUGACCCUAAGCAUACUGCUAAAGCAACACUUGAGUGGUUUAAGGUGAAACAUUUUAAAUGUCUUGGAAUGGCCUAGUCAAAGCCCAGACCUCAAUCCAAUUGAGAAUCUGUGGUAUGACUUAAAGAUUGCUGUACACCAGCGGAACACUUCCAUCUUGAAGGAGCUGGAGCAGUUUAGCCUUGAAGAAUGGGCAAAAAUCCCAGUGGCUAGAUGUGCCAAGCUUAUAGAGACAUACCCCAAGAGACUUGCAGCUGUAAUUGCUGCAAAAGGUGGCUCUACAAAGUAUUGACUUUAGGGGGGGUUGAAUAGUUAUGCACCCUCAAGUUCUGUUUUUUUGUCUUAUUUCUUGUUUGUUUCACAAAAAUAUAUAUACACAAAGUGGUAGGCAUGUUCUGUAAAUCAAAUGAUACAAACCCCCCAAAAAUCCAUUUUAAGUCCAGGUUGUAAGGCAACAAAAUAGGAAAAAUGCCAAGGGGGGUGAAUACUUUCUCAAGCCACUGUAUGUAGGGAGUAGCCCAAGCACUGCCUUGUACACAAAUAUGUUCCAGUGUUUAAGCCUUUUGGAAGGGAGGGCCACUUCACCAUGUUGUGUAUUUCAUAGUAAUGGGUGAGUGGUCUUGCUUUAGUGAUGAACCUAAGCAGUCCUUGAUACACUGCAUCCAGCACCUUAAGUGUACUGGUGGAGGCUCGCAUGUAAAUGAUGUCACCAUAGUCCAACACCGAUAAAAAUGUACCUUCCACAAGAGCCUUCCUAACUGACAUAGCUAAUAAUGUGUGAACAUUUAUUUCCCCAGAUGAAGAACCAUCCAAGGAGAUGGAUCCCUUCUGGCCAGUCUUGCAGUGUUUUAUGGUGAUCUUGGAUUGUUUGGGCUCUAAAUUUUGGGGUCCGAUUGAGCCAACCCAAGCUUUCCAGGCCAUCACAGGAAGACCUAGCUACUCUGCAGAGCUCGAGAGCAUCAAACAACAAACCAUGAUGUACGUUUCACUAUUUAUCUAGCCUUGAAUUCUUUCAUAUUGUUAUUUCUUAGAAGUUAAGCAUAUGGUUGAUACUAUUCUUCUUUUGCUCUGAAGAUCACGGGUUAAAACGGAAACUACAUGUGAUGAUGACAUGGUGACCUGCAGUCAGAUGGUUUAUGACAGUAACACCAAAGUGAGCAAGGUAGUAACACCCAUUUAUUGCAUUUGUAUGUUAUUAGUUGUACUCAAUUCCUCUAAUAUGUAGAUCUGUGGUUAGCGUUCAAAUGUGUUUUAAGUCAGCACUUGAAGCUUUCCCAAAACAUGACCUUUUUAGAGUAAAAAACACGAUGCAGAACAACAAACUGCUUUAACAAGCUCUUCUCAUACUCAAGCUAUUCUCCCUGAUCUUUCUUACAGAAGGAUUCCAAGCUUGUUUCAUGUGCUACCAGACAAGAGCCAGGGACAGUGUUGAGGUUAUUUAUUGCUAACAGUCUUAAUAGGAAUAAAACAUUAUUAACCCAACCUCAGAGUGAAACAGUAAAAAAUGUAGGGUAUAUCUGUUUGCAGUGGCCUUUAGUUUGAUGGAGGUACUCAAGGUGUACACAUGGUUUUAUUAAAUGUCAUAUUACAAAAUACAUUGAGUUGGUAGAAGGUAUGUUAACUUCCUAUGCAUUUCUCUAAUCUUAUGUAAUACCAUGUUAUGUAUUACUAUUUAUUUAUUUUAUUUUGUAGGAAAAGGGUAGCAGACGCUCACAUGGUGCAGAUAGCAGUGUGGUCUAUGAGGAAAUGAGUUCUCUGGUCAACCUCCUGCAUUCAGAAAUGGGCCAGGCAUUGCGUGUGCACGACAGCACAUUUCUCUGGUUCAUCCCCUUUGUGAAGUCUGUUAUGGACCUCGAUGAACGCAGUGUCAUAUACAUUAAUGAGGUUGUCCACUACCUGUGUGGGGAGAUCAGCACGGAUCUCCUGAAGCGCCAGGUUCGCAUAUGUGACAAGGUCACGGAGUUCUUCACCCUUAUUCUCGUCCAUAUCAUCGAUUUGCACCUGGGGAGUGGCCGCAUGAAUAUGCUUUAUUACUGCGCUCCCAAGUGGGUGGGCGUGUUGGUGAAAUGUGCAACCCUGCCUGGUGAUGCUUUUGUCCACACCUCGGAAGGUUCAGUGUCUCACUCUGUGUCUUCCACAUCCUCAUUGAGGGUCAGUGCACCCCGAAAGGCCUCUACUAGCAGGGCUGUUCCACAGGCAUGCACGCAUAUCAUCCGGUCCCUGCUGAAGGAAGGGAGCAGGCUGAACCCCAACAGUAAGUGCAAGCACUUCCUGAACCGUUUGAACAAGCACCUCAGAGAAGGGCCCCAGAGGGAGUGGAAGCUGAUUAGGCCGGAGAUUCAGGAGCUUCAGAUCUGUCUGAAGGACUAUGUCAAGACGAUGAUGAACAGGCCAACCACAAGUACUCCUCCACCCGAACAGCUGAACAUUGAUGCAGGGCCUGUGGCACCAACCACACCACCACUUCAAUCAAGCAAUGACACCUCGGGAUCUAGCGGCUUAGCUGAAUUUAACCAUCCUAUAAAACAGGAAGGGUUGUGGGAUUAUGUCGACGGCAGUACAUCUGGUGGUAGGGAUUCUAAUGCAGUUCAGAGGGGCAGGGACAUAGACCUAGCGUUGCUGAAAAAGGAGCCCCUAACCCCUGAGGAGGAGUUUGUAGAGCCGACUAAUGAUUCAAGACCAACCCAAGAGAAGUUCUCUUCCUUGAGGGCAGAUCCAGAGAAAAUACAGGUGAUCAAAUCCAGACUUGGCCAGCUUAUGACCAAGAAGUCCAACUCUGAGAGAGAUGAGACCUCUGUAGGGCUCAGUGAAUUUGGUAAAGAGAAACCUCAAAAUCUGUUCACCAGCCAUAGAGAUGAGGCAUCCAACUACCAAGGCAUUAGCAGAGACCCUCCAUGCCCCCAAGAAUCUGUUGACAAUGAGCAGGUGGACAAUGUGCCCCUCUCUGUUUUAAAAAGUAAUCUUAAAGGAAGAGUAGGCUUCAAAUCUUCACAAGAUCGGAGUAAAGGAAACUCUAGACAAUUUGACCGACAACGAUCACCACCAAAGCCUCCUUCAGAAGUCAUUGUUAUAUCUGAUGACGAGGCAACAUUAAAUGUUGGUAGAGCAAGAGGAACUGGGUCUUUUUCUGAAACAUCCCAAAUUAAAAAUGAACCGGAUACCUCCGACCAGAAUCACAGUACCUGCCGUGAUUACGACGGAAACAUGAGUGAAUCUCAGGUGUUUGAGUUUGAAACACAGGAAUAUAUGGCGUCUGCCUGGUCCAACAGAGAUUCAGAAAGUAACAUGCCACCCGAAAAGCCCAAAGAAGAUAGCCCUGUCAGACAUCUUUUGAGUCCAACUUUAAGAGAGCCUUUAUCAACCUGGGAAUGUGAUACACAACCUAUCUAUGACGAGGAUAUUGAACGAGCCUGUAAGCAGGUUGAGAAGGAGCUGGAGAAGCCUAAGACCCCACCACAAGGGCUCAAACGGGCCAUCGUUGUCAAAAAAAGAAAUCUUCUUGUUGAUGCAAAACCAUUGGCCUCCAAGUGCCUGAGCAAGAAACCUACCGUAGUAGAAAAACGAAUCAAAGAGCCUGUGAAGGAUGCUCCCCAUGCAGUCACACCGCCAUUGAGAAAAAGCAGUUCAACAGUACGUUCAAACAGACUAGAAACCGAGACACCUUCUUCCUUAACCACAUCAGCCAUCUCACACAAAACGUCAUUAACUCCAGCCAUUGUCCCUCCUAAAAAAGUCAGAAAAGCUGCAGAGCCUGUGUCCAUAGCAGAGAAGCUUGGCCUUAAGAAGAAGGAGCGAAAGGCCUUUAAUCUCUCCCAGCAAUCGCAUGACACUGUUGAUGAGCUGAGGCGCCACGGUGCUACAGUCGAUGUACCACAGGCCAAGAAGCCAACCCGAAAGACCAAGAGGUCAAAGGUGACCUCCCCUCACAAGAGAGUGGUCAAUGGGAGUAACAAGAAGCUGCUAGCCUCACAGGAAUUCCAGUUCUUCAGGCAGAGCAAGCAGGCAUCGGGAGCAGGAACCUCUGCAAAGGCAGAGCCAAUGAAGAGAAAUCCGAAAAAGAUUGACGAGAUUCAACGACCCAGUUUUGUUACAGAGGCGGACGAUGAAGACGAGGACCUGCGGUGUUCCCAGCUAGAUCCUGCCCGUCAUGAGGAACAGCUGAAGUUCAAUCGCAGCUCUCCAAGAGCCAAUGAGAACAAACCAGCAUCAUCCAAUACAGUGAGUAGUGUGUCAUCCAACAUGGACAGGCAGAUAUCUCCUUACUUUCAGAGGAAUGAUGAUGUCACACCUGGACCAUCUGGUCAAGUCUCCAAAAGCAAUGAGGAAGGUGACGGUUAUGACGCAGACUGGAUGUACCUCACCCAAAUGGAGCCAACUGACAUGGAGAUGUGCUCGCAGAUGGAGGAGGAGGAGGAAGAAGAAGAGUUCUUCUACACGCAGCGGGACCCUGUAGACAUGGACAUUGACUCAGACAGCCAGAUGCCCUUUGAUGAAAAAGGAGGGUCUUCAGACUGGACAUGGCCUAAACAGGCAGACGAAGGGCAAGAGGCUCCACUUGCCACACAGACCUUUAAGAAACCGGCUACUCCGCCACCCUCGCGCUCUAACUUGGCUAAGGACGAUGAUCGCUUGUUCCUGAAACCAGGAAUGUCCCCUAUGUCGGUUAAAAAGGCCAAGCCGUCCACCACCAAGAUCUAUGCAACCUCAAGCUCCAGGAGUGCCUCCUUGGUGCAAGAGAUGGAGAGGACUGCCAAUGCUUCAUUUUCGGCUUCUUCUGCCCCUGCUGGAAGAGGUAGGCCUGCCCGGCCAGUUGUGCCAGGCCGGCCAGUCGUGCCUGCACGAAGUCCCUGUGUACUACAACCUCCUCCUCAUCCAGAGGUCGGUCAGUCUCUCCAACUGAAUCAACUAUUAUACAGACCCAUCACACCACAACUACCACCUAAACCCAUUCCACCAAAACAACCACUACCCAGACCCGAACAAAUCCUCCCCCGUCCACCUGGCCAGCCCCUCCGCCCAAUCCAGCACAGCAACAUAGGUUCCACCCCCCAGCCCUCCACUUCUAAGACCUACCCCAGGCCUGACGCCCCUUUCCAAAGGCAGAUACCCAACCCGGAGGUUUGCGUCAGAUUUGACCCCAACUACCUGAUUCAACACAUCCUGAAAUGGACAUUUGAUAUGUUUAGCAACUACAAGCAGUUUGGUAUACCCUCUGAAGUAUGUGAGUUACCCCUGGAAACAGUAGGCUUUAGCUUCAGCUCUUAUGAUAAAUACUACAAGACCUUUUACCCCCUGCUUCUCACCAACACUUUUGAGGAGGUGAGUAGUCAAUUUGUUACCAAAUAAUUGUAACUCAUUUAGGUGUGAAUUCUGUUCUGCUAUGGUGCAUUUAGGCUGUAGGUAACUGAAAAGGAUGGUCAAUCUAGCAUUACAAAGAGCAUUGACAUUUUGGCUAAUGUUAGAGUUGUAAGUAAUGAGUCACAAAGCAGUUUAAUGGCCGUCUCUUGGAGUCGAUCUCUUCUAUUAAAGUCAAAUUCCCUUCUCUCAUCAAAGCUUGCAGGUGAAUGGCUAAAGAACAAGGAAUCAGGAAAGGUGGUCACUCAGAAUUUAAAAGUUGUCGCAAAUGAGUACAGCAACAGUGUUUGGAAUGUCAGUUUUACAGGUAAGCUUCUUGAAGUAACCCAUUUUUUUAUAUUGCUUAUGGUAACCAUUUAAAAACAACAAUGCUUUAAGCUUGCACUUGAAUCUACAUACUGUAAAAAUUGAUACAAUUUGUUAUUUGUAUCAGAUUUCUAUUCUAUUGUGAUGUUGUCCCAAAGCUGAUCCACGUAACAAACUUAUUUUUGUCAGCGAGCAUUACUGCCAGUGAUGUCUCCCGUCAGAUGUACCCUAGGGAGGAUGACCUGGUCAUUCUGUGGCUGCCCCAGAAUACAGGUGCUUACUCACGGCAUGAGCAGGGCUUCUUGGAUCCCCAAGAACAUUUUGGCUAUGUACAGAGAUCCAAUAUCUGCAACGGAGGUGUGGGUGAGUACAUUUGUGUGUAGGAGGCCAGGAAGUGAUGGGCUUACAUUAAGAGGGAAGGGGAUUGUAUUGCUAUGGAAAGACAAGUUGAAUAUAAAUAUCCUCGACAUACAGUACCAGUCAAAAGUUUGGACACACUUACUCAUUCAAGGGUUUUUCUUUAUUUUUAAUAUUUUCUACAUUGUAGAAUAAUAGUGAAGACAUCAAAACAAUGAAAGAACACAUAUGGAAUCAUGUAUUAACAAAAAAGUGUUAAACAAAUCAAAAUAUAUUUUAUAUUUGAGAUUCUUCAAAGUAGCCACCCUUUGCCUUGACAACUUUGCACACUCUUGGCAUUCUCUCAACCAGCUUCAUGAGGUAGUCACCUGGAAUGCAUUUCAAUUAACAGGUGUGCUUUGUUAAUUUGUGGAAUGACUUUCCUUCUUAAUGCGUUUGAGCCAAUCAGUUGUGUUGUGACAUGGUAGGGGUGGUAUACAGAAGAUAGCCCUAUUUGGUAAGAGACCAAGUCCAUAUUAUGGGAAGAACAGCUCAAAUAAGCAAAGAGAAAUAACAGUCCAUCAUUACUUUAAGACAAAUACGGAACAUUUCAAGAACUUUUAAAGUUUCUUCAAGUGCGGUCGCAACAACCAUCAAGCUCAAUGAUGAAACUGGCUCUCAUGAGGACCUCCACAGGAAAGGAAUACCCAGAGUUACCUCUGCUGCAGAGGAUAAGUUCAUUAGUUACCAGCCUCAGAAAUUGCAGCCCAAAUAAAUGUUUCACGUUGUUCAAGUAACAGACACAUCACAGCGUCACUACUAAAGGACACCAAUAAGAAGAAGAGACUUGCUUGGGCCAAGAAACACGAGCAAUGGACAUUAGACCGGUGGAAAUGUGUCCUUUGUUCUGGAGUCCAAAUUGGAGAUUUUUGGUUCCAACCGCCGUGGCUUUAAAAGACGCGGUAUGGGUGAACGGAUGAUCUCUGCAUGUGUAUUUCCCACCGUAAAUCAUGGAGGAGGAGGUGUGAUGGUGUGGGGGUGCUUUGCUGGUGACACUGUAUGUGAUUUAUUUAGAAUUCAAGGCACACUUAACCAGCAUGGCUACCACACCAUUCUGCAGCGAUACGCCAUCCCAUCGGGUUUGGGCUUAGUGGGACUAUCAUUUGUUUUUCAACAGGACUUGCCAAGAGUGUGCAAAGCUGUCAUCAAGGCAAAGGGUGGCUAUUUUGAAGAAUCACAAAUAUAAAAUAUAUUUUGAUUUGUUUAACACUUUUUUUUGGUUACUACAUGAUUCCAUAUGUGUUAUAUCAUAGUUUUGAUGUCUUCACUAUUAUUCUACAAUGCAGAAAAUAGUAAAAAUAAAGAACCCUUGAAUGAGGAGGUGUGUCCAAACUUUUUACUGGUAGUGUGUGUGUAUGUACAGUGGGGAGAACAAGUAUUUGAUACACUGCCGAUUUUGCAGGUUUUCCUACUUACAAAGCAUGUAGAGGUCUGUAAUUUUUAUCAACUGUGAGAGACGGAAUCUAAAACAAAAAUCCAGAAAAUCACAUUGUAUGAUUUUUAAGUAAUUAAUUUGCAUUUUAUUGCAUGACAUAAGUAUUUGAUCACCUACCAACCAGUAAGCAUUCCGGCUCUCACAGACCUGUUAGUGUUUCUUUAAGAAGCCCUCCUGUUCCCCACUCAUUACCUGUAUUAACUGCACCUGUUUGAACUCGUUACCUGUAUAAAAGACACCUGUCCACACACUCAAUCAAGACUCCAACCUCUCCACAAUGGCCUAGACCAGAGAGCUGUGUAAGGACAUCAGGGAUAAAAUUGUAGACCUGCACAAGCCUGGAAUGGGCUACAGGACAAUAGGCAAGCAGCUUGGUGAGAAGGCAACAACUGUUGGCGCAAUUAUUAGAAAAUGGAAGAAGUUCAAGAUGACGGUCAAUCACCCUCGGUCUGGGGCUCCAUGCAAGAUCUCACCUCCUCGGGCAUCAAUGAUCAUGAGGAAGGUGAGGGAUCAGCCCAGAACUACACGGCAGGACCUGGUCAAUGACCUGAAGAGAGCUGGGACCACAGUCUCAAAGAAAACCAUUAGUAACACACUAUGCCGUCAUGGAUUAAAAUCCUGCAGCGCACGCAAGGUCCCCCUGCUCAAGCCAGCGCAUGUCCAGGCCCGUCUGAAGUUUGCCAAUGACCAUCUGGAUGAUCCAGAGGAGGAAUGGGAGAAGGUAAUGUGGUCUGAUGAGACAAAUAGAGCUUUUUGGUCUAAACUCCACUCGCUGUGUUUGGAGGAAGAAGAAGGAUGAGUACAACCCCAAGAACACCAUCCCAACCGUGAAGCAUGGAGGUGGAAACAUCAUUCUUUGGGGAUGCUUUUCUGCAAAGGGGACAGGACGACUGCACCGUAUUGAGGGGAGGAUGGAUGGGGCCAUGUAUCGCGAGAUCUUGGCCAACAACCUCCUUCCCUCAGUAAGAGCAUUGAAGAUGGGUUGUGGCUGGGUCUUCCAGCAUGACAACGACCCGAAACGCACAGCCAGGGCAACUAAGGAGUGGCUCCGUAAGAAGCAUCUCAAGGUCCUGGAGUGGCCUAGCCAGUCUCCAGACCUGAACCCAAUAGAACAUCUUUGGAGGGAGCUGAAAGUCCGUAUUGUCUAGCGACAGCCCCGAAACCUGAAGGAUCUGGAGAAGGUCUGUAUGGAGGAGUGGGCCAAAAUCCCUGCUGCAGUGUGUGCAAACCUGGUCAAGACCUACAGGAAACAUAUGAUCUCUGUAAUUGCAAACAAAGGUUUCUGUACCAAAUAUUAAUUUCUGCUUUUCUGAUGUAUCAAAUACUUAUGUCAUGCAAUAAAAUGCAAAUUAAUUACUUAAAAAUCAUACAAUGUGAUUUUCUGGAUUUUUGUUUUAGAUUCCGUCUCUCACAGUUGAAGUGUACCUAUGAUAAAAAUUACAGACCUCUACAUGCUUUGUAAGUAGGAAAACCUGCAAAAUCGGCAGUGUAUCAAAUACUUGUUCUCCCCACUGUAUGUAAUGAGAGCCAUUUUUCCAUUCACUAUAAUGGGGAUCUUGUUUUUUGCUGUCAAUUCCUACAAGUACAGUGUUCGGCCUUGAACUACCGUGGCUUCAAUUAGAGGGGCCAGUCAUUUUACCCAUAGGGGUAUUCUACAAAGGAUAAUCAAUGUUAGCAAUCUAACUUUGAUAAGCAACCACCAAUAACUAUUGAUUUGAUGGUUCAUUUAAAAAAGCUAAACUUGUGUCUUUUCAUUUGUUAAAUCAGUUAGCCCAUGCCCAUUUCAAGCUUAUCUUUCUAUAAAAUAUAAAGUCAUAUCAGAAUAUUUAGUCAACUAAGCUGGCUAACUCAUUUUAUCCUGCUUUAUAGUAUACCCCUCUGGACCAUUUUGAAGGUAGUUUUGCAAGCCAUUGCUAAGUAGCGUUAACUCUGGGAGACUUCCAGUCAUUGCGCAAACUUCCUUCAAAAUGCACGCAGAGACAUAAAAAUGGUAUCCAUGACUGUAUCUGACUGGGCAAGUAGAAAAAGGGCUUAAUUGCCACAAUCACGGACUAUCCCUUUAAAGAGGAUAGCUGAUAGAAAAACAUGACGUAACUUCAGAGUUACCUCUGUCCAUGCAUCUUCAUCAUAUACAGGUAAAAGUCAGUAAAUUAGAAUAUUUUGAAAAACUUGAUUUAUUUCAGUAAUUGCAUUCAAAAGGUGUAACUUGUACAUUAUAUUUAUUCAUUGCACACAGACUGAUGCAUUCAAAUGUUUAUUUCAUUUAAUUUUGAUGAUUUGAAGUGGCAACAAAUGAAAAUCCAAAAUUCCGUGUGUCACAAAAUUAGAAUAUUACUUAAGGCUAAUACAAAAAAGGGAUUUUUUAGAAAUGUUGGCCAACUGAAAAGUAUGAAAAUGAAAAAUAUGAGCAUGUACAAUACUCAAUACUUGGUUGGAGCUCCUUUUGCCUCAAUUACUGCAUUAAUGCGGCGUGGCAUGGAGUCGAUGAGUUUCUGGCACUGCUCAGGUGUUAUGAGAGCCCAGGUUGCUCUGAUAGUGGCCUUCAACUCUUCUGCGUUGUUGGGUCUGGCAUUCUGCAUCUUCCUUUUCACAAUACCCCACAGAUUUUCUAUGGGGCUAAGGUCAGGGGAGUUGGCUGGCCAAUUUAGAACAGAAAUACCAUGGUCCGUAAACCAGGCACGGGUAGAUUUUGCGCUGUGUGCAGGCGCCAAGUCCUGUUGGAACCUGAAAUCUCCAUCUCCAUAGAGCAGGUCAGCAGCAGGAAGCAUGAAGUGCUCUAAAACUUGCUGGUAGACGGCUGCGUUGACCCUUGAUCUCAGGAAACAGAGUGGACCGACACCAGCAGAUGACAUGGCACCCCAAACCAUCACUGAUGGUGGAAACUUUACACUAGACUUCAGGCAACGUGGAUCCUGUGCCUCUCCUGUCUUCCUCCAGACUCUGGGACCUCGAUUUCCAAAGGAAAUGCAAAAUUUGCUUUCGUCAGAAAACAUGACUUUAGACCACUCAGCAGCAGUCCAGCUCUUUUUUUCCUUAGCCCAGGUGAGACGCUUUUCGCGCUGUUUCUUGGUCAACAGUGGCUUGACACGAGGUAUGCGGCAGUUGAAACCCAUGUCUUUCAAGCGUCUCUUGGUGGUGGAUCUUGAAGCCCUGACUCCAGCAGCUGUCCACUCCUUGUGAAUCUCCCCCACAUUUUUGAAUGGGUUUUUUUUCACAAUCUUGACUAGGGCGCGGUGAUCCCUAUCGCUUGUACACUUUUUCUGACCACAGUUUUUCCUUCCCUUUGCCUCUCUAUUAAUGUGUUUGGACACAGAGCUCUGAGAACAGCCAGCCUCUUCUGCAAUAACCUUUUGUGUCUUUCCCUCCUUGUGCAAUGUGUCGAUGGUCGCCUUUUGGACAGCUGUCAAAUCUGAAGUCUUCCCCAUGUUUGUGUAGGCUUCAGAACUGGACUGAGAGACCAUUUAAAGCCCUUUGCAGGUGUUUUGAGUUAAUCAGCUGAUUAUUUUGUGGCACCAGGUGUCUUCAAAAUGUAACCCUUACACAAUAUUCUAAUUUUGUGACACACGGAAUUUUGGAUUUUCAUUUGUUGCCACUUCAAAUCAUCAAAAUUAAAUGAAAUAAACAUUUGAAUGCAUCAGUCUGUGUGCAAUGAAUAAAUAUAAUGUACAAGUUACACCUUUUGAAUGCAAUUACUGAAAUAAAUCAAGUUUUUCAAAAUAUUCUAAUUUACUGACUUUUACCUGUAUAUGCAUUUAUAAACUGGGUGGUUCGAGCCCUGAAUGCUGAUUGGCUGACAGCCGUGGUAUAUCAGACCGUAUACCACGGGUAUGACAACCUUUAUUUUUACUGCUCUAAUUACAUUGGUAACCAGUUUAUAAUAGCAAUAAGGCACCUCGUGGGUUUGUGGCCAAUGUACCACAGCUAAGGGCUGUGUCCAGGCACUCCGCAUUGCGUCGCGCUUAAGAACAGCCCUUAGCCGUGGUAUAUUGGCCAUAUACCACACCCCCCCGGGCCUUAUUGCUUAACUAUCCAUUGUAUUAUUUUACUAUAUUGCUUUACUUGUAAUAGAGUACUGUAUUGUUUUACUGUUAAGUGUGUUGAUUUCAUUUUAAAUGCACUUUAUCUAAAGCUUGGUGUGAUGUAUUUCUCUUCAGGCCAGUGCCCAACGCUGAACCUGAUGAUAAAGACCCUGGGGAAUGUGACGAUGGCGAACAAGCAAGCAGUGCGCUGUGAUGUGGUGGACUCCCUGGUCAGCACCAUGAGGGUUUUCAGGGCAAUCUGUCAGCUCAAUGGCAGCUCUAUGCUCAAGCCCAUCCUGGCCCCACAGGUCUCCUACUUCCAACCUGGCCCGGAGGUCAUCCCCAGCCUCAACCUGCCUGUAAGAAACACCUGUUCCCCCCCCCCCCCCCCCCCCCAUUUAUAAUAUGCAUUUGAAAAGGGAGUGUGUGAGGUUUAAAAGUGAAGUUAUUCCUUUGUGGAACUAUUGGAUAACAAAGGAUUUAUGACUUGACUUGUAAAUGUGACAUGGCCAAUUGUAUAUGUUUUGUUUAAUUUCAGGUGGCCUUUACAUGUGUGAAAAUGGCCUUGUAUACAUGUAAACAGUAUGUCUGUAUGAUGUGUUUGGCCCAGGGUUACAACCCAGACCAGGUGAGGGCGGUGAGAACCGGUAUGUCUGUUAUCAGGAACCAGCAACUCACCCCAAAAAUCUGCCUGAUACACGGACCCCCAGGAACGGGAAAGAGCAAAACUAUUGUGGGCCUGCUGCAAACGCUGUUCUCUGAGGUACGCUGUUUGCCUUGUUUCUGGACAUUGUUUUGUCGUACAACCCUGGGCUAAGGUCAUUAGACACAAGGGGAGACAUUUUCAAAAACAAAAAUGAGCGUUUCUUUUGCUCUAGUGUUCUGUAGUGUGUAUUUUCUCAGCUCGCUCCAUUUUCUUUCCUAUUGAACAACCUUGGCUUAAAGGCAUUGUGAAAUUCAAACUUUCAUAUAAUUCCCUGUUCUCCUCUCAUAACCAUCUCCAGGGAGUACAGAGUAUGGCUCCUCCAGUGAACAGGCAAGCUAAACCUCGCCGCACGCGGGUCCUCCUGUGCGCCCCGUCCAACGCCGCCAUCGACAACCUGAUGAAGAAGAUUAUCCUGGUCUUCAAAGAGAAGUGCAAGAACAUCCAGGGUAUGCUACCUCAACUAUGGAAAUACUCAAUGAAUUGGUGAACUGUGAAUAGAUGGAAAAAUUAAAUGGGUUAAAAGUUACAAGGCAAUUCAACCACAAAUGAUUGUUUCACGGAACUGAUAUGGUGAAGUUGACAUUGUCCUGGAUGGCUUUCUUAAAGGUAACUGUGGGGACAUCAAUCUGGUGAGGCUCGGGAACGACAGAACCAUCUCCAAGAAUCUGAAACCUUUUAGCCUGGACAGUCAGGUGAAAAACAAAACACGUGAGUCUGGAGAGUGUACGCGGGCACAAAAACGCACACACCUCCCUCCCUCCCUCAAAUCACCUCAUAAAAAGCACACUCAUGUGUUUUGUCCAUUUUCUCCUGCAGAAAAGGCCCUGAUGUCACAGGACUCAGACGUCCACAGACGCAUAGCGCAGCUGGAUGAGAACAUAGACAAGAUCUCCAAGAUGUUGCCCAAACUGCAGAAGAAUGAGGAAAUGGUACAUACAUGCUUCCCCCAGCAGAGGCUGCCAGAAGGCUGGUCACACACCUACAGUUACCCAAACUACCCAAAGCUAAUUUCAUACACUGUGGGCUCUUACUUUAAUUAUGGGCCUCUGUUCAGACAUGCGGUUACAGUCGGCAUGGGUUCGAAUCCUGCCCUUUGACUCACCCUCUUUCAAUCUCCCUCGUCUUUCCAACACUUAGCUAUCUCUUCAAUAAAGCUUAGAAAUUGCUAAAGUAGUGGGAUUGCCCCACUCCUUAAAGAAAUACCUUUAAAAAUAUGGGAUAGCAUGCCGACGUGUUUAAAAUUUUUCAGAGUUGUUUUUCAUGUUUAGUCUUUUCCUUCAUUUGCUGGUGUGUAGUACCAUGAGCUGGCAGAGCAGAAGUCCAGACUGCUCCAAGAGAGAAAGACACUCGGCUACCAGCUCAAACAGGUAAAGCCCUCUAUCACAUGACCAUUAUAUACAUAGAUGAUGUUAGCAACGUUGUCAUGUGUAUAAGGGCUCAUUAGAUGAGAGGAGAGUUAUUAUUAUUCAGGAUGGAUUAGAGAAAAGAGAGAGGAAAAAAAACAGCUUUGAGGGGAAAGAAGUCUAAUUAGAAAUGCUUCUUUCUCUCAUUACUCGCUUGCUUUCUCUUCUCUUUCUGUCAAACUCAUUCUCUACACUUUUCUCUCUUCCUCCCACUAUCAGUCUCGCAGUAGGAAGCAGGAGACCCAGGCCCGGGUACUGCAGGAUGCCCAUGUGGUCUGCUGCACCCUGAGCUCCAGCGGCAGCACCGUCCUGGAGUCGGCCUUUCGGCGCCUGGGACACAAGCCCUUUAGCUGCGUCAUCGUGGACGAGGUCAGAAUUUGGAGCGCCUAUACUUUGGCUGCAUUUCAAUAGUUGUUCCAUCUACCCAAGUGGUCCUGGAGAUGCACGGUGUGUAAGCUUUUGUUCCGGCCCUGUGCUGUAACACACCUGAUUCACCAAAGUGAUUGAUUGGUUGAAUAAGAUGUGUUGGUACUGGGUUGGAAUAGCUAAAGUGUUGUGGAACCCAGGAUCAAGAUUGAUAAAACCCUGUUUUGCACAUUUUGAUUUUACUCUCUUGGGGGAUUUUCACACUUGGUCCCUAUCAGACAAUUUUUGUGAAAUCAGUGUGGUGCGCUUACAUUUUUAUGCAGGAACUAAGACCCCUCAAAAGAUCCCCCGAACUGAAGAGGUGGUUUGAGUUCGGUUCGCUUGAAGUCUGUGGUCCUGUUCCCUUUUUUGGUGCAAUGUGAACACAAAGCUCUCCAGGUUCACUUGUCAUUAUUCCCACACCACACUAGGCUACUGCAACAUCCAUAACCUGCCAUAACAACUUACAUUGGUGCCACAAAUGAGAGAAGAUGAUGUGCAGGUUUGCAGAAAAAAAAUGUGUGCCGUUGUUGGACAUUGAUUAGUGAUUGUCAAGGAAUCACAGAGAUGCCAAAAUAUGUGUGGAGGCUACAAAAGAGCUUCAUAGGCUAUUUAUCUGAUUUAUGGGUUUGAAUAAUGUGAGAAGACUACAACAUAUUUGGUGAGAAUCACAACAUGAGGUACAAAAUCAAUGCGAGCUCUUAAAGGGGCAGUAGCCGACGUUGGUAGUACAAUUUUCAAUAUCAGCAUUAUUUAAUCUGUAGUUAUGCUUCUGCUAUUUAUCCUCUUACCAAUAAUAUUUACAUGUAAAUAUUAUCUUGAUUAUAAUUGUUUUAUCUUUUAACUAAAUGCAAUCUAUUAGCUUCCAAAAUGUAAGUAGGUAUAUCCCUGGCUGUUCAAUAACAGGUUCUGAUGGAAUGGCUAAUAUAGUAUAAUUACCAAGAGUGCAUUGAGUAAAUGUUGGAAAAAGGUCUUGGUUCCUUUCUAAGCAUAGCAAUGUGAAUGCAAAGAGGAUUUGGUCCACAAAAUAGUUGAAGUGAACUGGCAGAGUUCUCAUUUAAAGGCAAGGGCAGUGUGAAUUCAAAGAUAACGGAGUUCUUUUGGGGUUUUUUUCACCCCUGAGUUCACUUUAAAGAGGACUGAGAUUGGUUAUUUUAAAGAGGACUAUACAGGGCUCUACAAUGUGACCAUUUUACGCAGAUAUGUGCCUAAAAAUAAAUGUGCGAACUGAAAAAGUAAAGUAUGUGCGAGUUGUGAUUUAUAGCACCAAAUAAAUUGCUGCUGUAGCUAUUUUCAAAGUAUUUCUGCCGUUUUUGUUUCAUAGUUGGUAGCUAAUCGCACAAAGAACUAUGAAUUCCCAUAUAGCAGCCCCCCAAGCGCAGCAACAUUGCCUGUUGGUGGGCUAUGCACACUGGGAGUGAAGUGCUGUAAGAUUCAUUUUUUAGACGCGCGCAGGCAUAGAAGUUGGUAGAAUUUACCGCAAAGUCUGCUAAAGUGUUAGUUUGAGCUUGCUCAACUGCUAGUGAAGAGACACGUCGGAUAAUCUCAUCUCUCUGACAGACAUGCAGUCGUACCGUUACCACGGUAAUGUCCCGCCCCUUGAAGGGUUAGCUGAAAAUGUCUCACCUAAGAGACUCAAAUAUUUGAGGGUACAUUGUCCUUGAUUGAGCAUGGAACACUCCAAAAACCUUUUUAUUCAUGAACGUUUAGUCAUUUUCUUAUCAUUAAAACACUCUUGUGCUCCUAAAUGUUUCAAUUUAGUAGCACGUGCUACUUGUAAAAAAAUAAAAUGUCAGCAUAAAGCCCUGCUAUAUCUGAAAACACCCUCACACUGUCUCAGUAUGAAUGUGAGGAACAAAGAGCCUUUAUUUAUUUCAAGACAUUUCUUUGUGUGGUGCAGGCAGGGCAGGCCACCGAGACGGAGACUCUUAUCCCAAUGCUCUACCAGUGCAAUGCCCUCAUCCUGGUGGGAGACCCCCAUCAGCUGCCACCUACGGUUAUCUCCCAGGUACUGCAGCUCUCACUUUCACUACCUGAAAAUACACCUGCAAGAGAUUCUUACUCAUGUGAAUCUUUCUUUCAACACUUCUCAGUUCAAUGAUUCUGACUGACGGUGAAACAUUAACUGUGUAUUUUCAUUGUGUUCCCCUGGCUGUUUGUUUAUAUAUUAAAAUGUUUAGUGUUAGGUAGAUUAAGUGUUCCAUUUAAUGCUAUGAUCUAUCUUCUGUCAGACAGCGAAGGAGUUGAAGUAUGGCCAGUCCCUGAUGGCUCGGCUGGUGACCAACCUGGAUCACUACUGUAAGGAGAACAAGAUGCCCAGCCCUGUGGUCUUCCUUAGCUACCAGUACCGCAUGCACCCCGACAUCUGCGAGUUCCCCUCCAAGCACAUCUACCGCAAGGCCCUUAAAACUGACGAGUAGGUUCCUCUUCCCGCCUACUCCUUUUCAACAAAAUGACUUGAUUCAGUUAAUUGAAUGGUGUAGUUGUCGUGUUUUCAUGUUCCUAAAGCUGGAGAGAUUGUGAACAAAUAUUUAAUUACCACAUAGUGCACCUGUCAUUGAACACAAUUUAUGUUUGAGUGUAUUGGUGUACACAGUGCUAAAUUUAUUAAAGGCGUCUGUUCCUAUUUCUGAAGUAAAUCUAUUUUUUUAAUGUAAAUGAUUUGUUAACAGAAGGGUCCAGACACUACUUUUUGUGUGUGAGAUUUGGCUUGUUUUUGAGAAACUUACCAUUUUACAUUUACAUUUUCGUCAUUUAGCAGUCAUUUCGUCAUUUAGCAGACGCUUCCAAAUUGGUGCAUUCACCUUAUGAUAGCCAGUGGGACAACCACUUUACUAUUAUUAUUAUUAUUAUUAUUAUUAUAUAUAUAAUUUUUUUCCUUUGGGGUGGGGUAAGGGGGGGUUGAAGGAUUACUUUAUCCUAUCCCAGGUAUUCCUUAAAGAGGUGGGGUUUCAAGUGUCUCCGGAAGGUGGUGAGUGACUCCGCUGUCCUGGCGUCGUGAGGGAGCUUGUUCCACCAUUGGGGUGCCAGAGUUUGACUGGGCUGAGCGGGAACUGUGCUUCCGCAGAGGUAGGGGGGCCAGCAGGCCAGAGGUGGAUGAACGCAAUGCCCUCGUUUGGGUGUAGGGACUGAUCAGAGCCUGAAGGUACGGAGGUGCCGUUCCCCUCACAGCUCUGUAGGCAAGCACCAUGGUCUUGUAGCAGAUGCGAGCUUCAACUGGAAGCCAGUGGAGUGUGCGGAGGAGCGGGGUGACAUGAGAGAACUUGGGAAGGUUGAACACCAGACGGGCUGUGGCGUUCUGGAUGAGUUGUAGGGGUUUAUUGGCACAGGCAGGGAGCCCAGCCAACAGCGAGUUGCAGUAAUCCAGACGGGAGAUGACAAGUGCCUGGAUUAGGCCCUGUGGCGCUUCUUGUGUAAGGCAGGGUCGUACUCUGCGAAUGUUGUAGAGCAUGAACCUACAGGAUCGGGUCACCGCCUUGAUGUUAGCGGAGAACGACAGGGUGUUGUCCAGGGUCACGCCAAGGCUCUUUGCACUCUGGGAGGAGGACACAAUGGAGUUGUCAUCCGUGAUGGCGAGAUCAUGGAACGGGCAGUCCUUCCCCGGGAGGAAGAGCAGCUCCGUCUUACCGAAGUUCAGCUUGAGGUGGUGAUCCGUCAUCCACACUGAUAUGUCUGCCAGACAUGCAGAGAUGCGAUUCACCACCUGGUUAUCAGAAGGGGGAAAGGAGAAGAUUAAUUGUGUGUCGUCUGCGUAGCAAUGAUAGGAGAGGCCAUGUGAGGAUAUGACAGAGCCAAGUGACUUGGUGUAUAGCGAGAAUAGGAGAGGGCCUAGAACUGAGCCCUGGGGGACACCAGUGGUGAGAGCACGUGGUGUGGAGACAGAUUCUCGCCACGCCACCUGGUAGGAUCGACCUGUCAGGUAGGACGCAAUCCAAGAGUGAGCCGCGCCGGAGAUGCCCAACUCCGAGAGGGUGGAGAGGAGGAUCUGAUGGUUCACAGUAUCAAAGGCAGCAGAUAGGUCUAGAAGGACAAGAGCAGAGGAGAGCGAGUUAGCUUUAGCAGUGCGGAGAGCCUCCGUGACACAGAAGAGCAGUCUCAGUUGAAUGACCAGUCUUGAAACCUGACUGGUUUGGCUCAAGAAGGUCAUUCUGAGAGAGAUAGCAAGAGAGUUGGCUAAAGACGGCAUGCUCAAGAGUUUGAGAGAAAAGAAAGAAGGGAUACUGGUCUGUAGUUGUUGACAUCGGAGAGAUCGAGUGUAGGUUUUUUGAGAAGGGGUGCAACUCUCGCUCUCUUGAAGACGGAAGGGACAUAGCCUGCGGUCAAGGAUGAGUUGAUCAGCGAGGUGAGGUAAGGGAGAAGGUCACCGGAGAUGGUCUGGAGAAGAGAGGAGGGGAUAGGGUCAAGCGGGCAGGUUGUUGGGCGGCCGGCCGUAACAAGUCGCAAGAUUUCAUCUGGAGAGAGAGGGGAGAAAAGUCAAAGCAUAGGGUAGGGCAGUGUGAGCAGGACCAGCGGUGUCAUUUGACUUAACAAACGAGGAUCGGAUGUCGUCAACCUUCUUUUCAAAAUGGUUGACGAAGUCAUCCACAGAGAGGGAGGAGGGAGGGGGAGGAGGAUUCAGCAGGGAGGAGAAGGUGGCAAAGAGCUUCCUAGUGUUAGAGGCAGAUGCUUGGAAUUUAGAGUGGUAGAAAGUGGCUUUAGCAGCAGAAACAGAGGAAGAAAAUGUAGAGAGGAGGGAGUGAAAAUAUGCCAGGUCCGCAGGGAGUCUAAUUUUCCUCCAUUUCCGCUCGGCUGCCCGGAGCCCUGUUCUGUGAGCUCGCAAUGAGUCGUCAAGCCACGGAGCAGGAGGGGAGGACCGAGCCGGCCGGGAGGAUAGGGGACAUGGAGAGUCAAAGGAUGCAGAAAGGGAGGAGAGGAGGGUUGAGGAGACAGAAUCAGGAGAUUGGAGGGAGAAGGAUUGAGCAGAGAGAAGAGAUGAUAGGAUGGAAGAGGAGAGGUAGUGGAUUAGCUAGCCUCGUGCUUCACCGGGCUCAGCCGAGUACAAUACUUACCUACAAUAAUUACCUACAAUAACUACCUAGAUAAACUACCUACAAUACCGAACUACAAUCUAAAUACAUGGUUUAAGCUUUACUCGACACCAUAUAAGCCAAGCUUACCUCCCGCCAGAGAGAGAGACAACCUCACCCGACGACUCCAACUCCUAAUACCCCAGCCGCGAUUCACUUACUCAUUGUGCAGUAUCAGGGCACGCAAAAUACAUUUUUUAAACUUACACGCUCUCAGUGUAACUUGGGUAAUAACUCACUAACUAGCAAAGGAUAUGAACAAAAUGUGCACACGUGGCUACAUGCAGCUCUUGCUUUGAUCUCAAAACAAGUGCAUCUACUCAAGACUGCUCAUGCUGUAAACACAGUCCAGUUCAAAGUAAAUGGCACAGAUCCAUAUAUGGCAAUGAUCUACUUGCAUAUAGGCCUACUGCAGCUCUGAUUGGUUAUGCCGCUCUGGUCUGUGUAGAGUACCGGCAGAGUUGUGCGCAAUAGAAUACAACUCUGAUGUGUUCUGCCUACAACAAAAUCUCUUGCAUAGUUCAUUUUGUUUCGGUAUGUUAAUAAUGCGUUGAUUAGAACACAAUUGCCACAGUAAAGGGAAACAUUGAUAGUGUUAACAGGGAUAACUCUAUGAAGUUAAAUCUCGUGCUUCUCUUCGAGGGCUGAUAUUUCUUCUGCACGGCAGUCCUGGGGAGCUGCGUGGCAGUCUCGGGGCUACUGCGCGCCUGUGCGCAGCUUAGAGGGAACAUUGAUAACGUUGCGGAUAAAGUUCGGAAUGAAACAAUUUCAUGUGUACAACAUAUAAAGACCUACAAUACCAGUCAAAAGUUUGGACAUCUACUCAUUCCAGGGGUUUUAUUUUAUUUUUGCUAUUUUCUACAUUGUAAAAUAAUAGUGAAGACAUCAAAACUAUGAAAUGACACAUAUGGAAUCAUGUAUUAACCAAAAAGGUGUUAAACAAAUCAAAAUAUAUUUUAUAUUUGAGAUUCUUCAAAGUAGCCACCCUUUGCCUUGAUGACCGCUUUGCACACUCUUGGCAUUCUCUCAACCAGCUUCAUGAGGUUGUCACCUGGAAUGCAUUUCAAUUAACAGGUGUGCCUUCUUAAAAGUUAAUUUGUGGAAUUUCUUUCCUUCUUAAUGCGUUUGAGCCAAUCAGUUGUUGUGACAAGGUAGGGGUUGUAUACAGAAGAUAGCCCUAUUUGGUAAAAGACCAAGUCCAUAUUAUGGCAAUAAAAGCUCAAAUAAGCAAAGAGAAACGACAGUCCAUCAUUACUUUAAGACAUGAAGGUCAGUCAAGCCGGAAAAUUUCAAGAACUUGUGCAGUCACAAAAACCAUCAAGGGCGAUGCUGAAACUGGCUCUCAUGAGGACCGCCACAGGAAAGGAAGACCCAGAGUUACCUCUGCUGCAGAGGAUAAGUUCAUUAGAGUUACCAGCCUCAGAAAUUGCCACCCAAAUAAAUGCUUCAUGGAGUUGAAGUAACAGACACAUCAACAAACUGUUCAGAGGAGACUGCGUGAAUCAGGCCUUCAUGGUCGAAUUGCUGCAAAGUAACCACUACUACUAUGGACAUUAGACUGGUGGAAAUGUGUCCUUUGGUCUGGAGUCCAAAUGUGAGAUUUUUGGUUCCAACCGCCGUGUCUUUGUGAGACGCAGAAUAGGUGAACGGAUCUCCUCAUGUGUGGUUCCCACCAUGAAGCAUGGAGGAGGAGGUGUGAUGGUAUGGAUGUGCUUUGCUGGUGACACUGUCUGUGAUUUAUUUAGUAUUCAAGGCACACUUAACCAGCAUGACUACCACAGCAUUCUGCAGCGAUACGCCAUCCCAGCUGGUUAGCGCUUAGUUGGACUUUUUUCAUGUUUUUUCAGAUUGUAAAUUAAUCCUUUGUAUUUGAAAUUGAACUAAAUAAUUUCAUUUUAAGCUGCAAAAUUAUUGCUUUUAUUUGUUUGCAAUUGGUGCUGCACCCUCUUGCCAACGUUCACCUGGGGCGUGUUCAGCAGGACUCAUUGUUUUGGAACGUUCAGAUAGAAAUAUGCUAUGUAGAACAAAUAUGCAUCUGACAUGUAGAAUAAGGAAUCAAGUCUGCUCUAUUUGUGGAAUUUGUAUCUGCAACGUUCGAGAAUGUUUUCGUACUGAACAUGGCCUUUAUAUUAUUGUUCACCAAACCAAUCAGCUGAUUCCAUCUCUGUUUGUAAACUGUUAGGGAGAGCUCCCAGUUUUAUUGAUUAUAGUUUGUUAGAAAGAAUACAUUGCUAUACUGAGUGUCAGUUUUUCAAAGGAUGUAUUUGGGUGUUUUUGUAGCUUUUGUUCAUGUCUUUUGCGUGCCCUGAUACUGCGCAAUGAGGAAGUGAAUCGCGGCUGGGGUAAGUUUCUCAAAAACAAGCCAAAUCAAAGUGUCUGGACCCUUCUAUAACGUCAAUUUAAAUAAAUCAUGUAGAUUUACUUCGGAAAAUUCUCCUUUAAGUGUUAAACAUUAAAUGUUAAACAAUAUUAAGUGUUAAAAAUUACUUAAAUGUUUAAUAUUACAUUUUGUGUUUGUUCCCGUCUUCAGUGAAACUGCAGCGAGGAUGGUGAACUUUGGCUGGCCUUUCCAGCCCUACCGUGUGUUUGACGUGACUGACGGCCAGGAGGUCAAGGAGGGAGAGUAAGAAAAUCUCUGGAUCAUGGUUCUAUGAGUUAUCCUAUUUAAUUCUGCUGUAGGCCUCAUGUUAAAGGGAUAGUUCAGUGACUUUACAUGAUUAGAUAUUUUGUUCCUUACCUCGACAACAGUCUAGGGCACGUGUCAAACUCAUUCCAUGGAGGGACAAGGUUUUUUUCCUUUCAAUUAAGCCCUAGACAACCAGGUGUGUGGAGUUCCUUACUAAUUGGUGACCUUAAUUAAUAAAUCAAUACAUGGGAGGAGCGAAAACCCGCAGACACUCGGCCCUUCGUGGAAUGAGUUUGACGCCCCUGGUCUAGGGCCUUCAAACUCAACUCUGGACCUUGAAGCCAGUUCCACAGCUUGUUUUCAUUGUUCCCCUCUAAUCAGGGACCUAUUUAGACCUGGCAUACCAGAUGGGUGCAAUUCAUUAUCAGGUAGAACAGAAAACCAGCAGGCUUUGGACCUCAUAGGGUAAGAGUGACAGUGCAAUCCACACUUGGAUUUUGUUAAACUAGCCACGGCCGACAAUUGUCAACGGAAGCAUUUUUGGUCCAAUUCCCCAUGUAGGUCAAUCUCUCGCUGAACAAUCCCUUUAAUGACAAAUGCAAGUCAUUACGAAAAAGUGCUUGUGACUGAAUACAUGUUGAAUGACUGUUUGAUUGCCUUCUGGCUGGUCACCAGGUCGUUCAGCAACCUGAAGGAGGUGCAGCUGGUAGUGAUCCUGCUGAGGAUGAUGGCUGAGAAGCAGCAAGUCAAGGUGGGGGUCAUCACGCCCUACAAAGCCCAGAAGGACCGCAUCAACCGCGAGCUGGCCAAGAUGGUCAACAAGAACCUCACGUGAGUCAAGUGCUGCACCAUAAAUGCGUAUUCUCAUUGGGGUAAGUAGAUUGACAGGGAUAUGCUCCGAUGGCACAAAGGGUCUGUUCGCCCUGCUAGUGUAAAGAGAAAAUUGCCAGAAAAGGAAGCCAUUUCAUUAGUCUUAGCUGGCAGAAUCAUUAGAACCAAUGAAAUGGCUUCCUUUCUGCAAGCAGUGUGAAGGGACCCUAAAAUAAAAUGCCUUGUGUUCCAGGGUGGACGUUGACACUGUGGAAGGCUUCCAGGGCCGAGAGAUGGACUGCAUCAUCGUCUCCUGCGUCAGGGCAAGCCACGAGCAGGGCGGCAUCGGGUGAGUGGACAAGUUUUCCUGGUAAGGUCAUGUGGCCAGGCCCUAUACUUGGUAAUGAUAUAACAAAUGUGAUUUAUGUAAUGCUUUACGUAGAAGUAGUAUUCAUACUACCAGUAUUGCGCUUACUUGGGUAAUGGGUAUAGUUUGUCAUCUAUGGUGCCCCCCCCCCCCCCCCCCCCCCCCCCCCACAGGUUCCUGGGGAAUCGCCAGAGGUUGAAUGUGACCAUCACCCGGGCAAAGUUUAGCCUGUUCAUUCUGGGCCAUCUACGGACACUCCAGGUAAUUAUGUCCUCCUCCUGGGUCAAAAAUCUGUGUCUGUAUGGAGGCCUGUCUGGUUGUAUUUCCUUUGCCAGCCUCGUUUUGAUUGUGUGUCUGUCUUAGGAAAACCAAGACUGGGGUGCGCUUAUCAAAGACGCCGCUACACGUGACGUCAUUAAAUCAACGAAUGAGAUGACCUUCAAGACGGUCUCCAGGAAGAUCUUCAAGCAGGAGCUGACCAGGAGCCUGUCUAACCCCCUCAGAGAACCAGGCCCUCCCCCUGCUGCCUCCAGGGCUGCUCCCAUUGGGCUGCGGCGCUCCUCUGAGCCAGCCCUGUUCGCCCAGGGCUGGGACUCCCCCAAGCAGCCCAGCUCGGCAUCCCCUCCCCAGGCCGCUGACAGGCCCACAGACCCGCGUCUGGUAGUCCAGCACCCACAGGCCCCCCAGCAUAGAGCAGACUGGGAUCUGCGAGCUGAAGGAAUCAGGGACCCACGAGCGGAGAUGAGAAGGGACCCACGAGCGGAGAUGAGAAGGGACCCACGAGCGGAGAUCAGAAGGGACCCACGAGCGGAGAUCAGAAGGGACCCACGAGCUGAGAUCAGAAGGGACCCACGAGCGGAGAUCAGAAGGGACCCACGAGCGGAGAUCAGAAGGGACCCACGAGCGGAGAUCAGAAGGGACCCACGAGCGGAGGGUUACAGAGACUCCCGGGUGGAAAACCUCAGAGACCCACGAGCUGAGAGGGACCCACGAGUACGGAACAGCCCAGAGCAGCUUCACCCCACUGUGUACCAAAACCUGAGAUGUGCUGGCAGGGAGAGGGACAUGGACAGAGAGCGACACCAUUCACCUGUCACAGCGCCCUGCCCAGGAGACUGA